AACCUUCAAAUCUUUAUUCAAAAUAUAAACAAAAUUGCUUGCUCUCGCACCCGUGCACACGUUUUGUGAUUUUGCGCUCAAAGGUGAUUUUUUAUUAAUUGAACAGAUCAAAUUCAAUGGAUCUUAAAACAUACAAAAAAAUCCAUCCGGUCAAAUACUACAAGGAUCAUCUCGAAAAUAAUAUUCGACCGGACGGUCGCGAAAUUGGCGAUCUGCGUCCACUGGCAAUUAACUUCGGUUCAAUAGGUACAGCUGAUGGUUCUGCUAUCGUCAAAAUCGGCAACACAACCGUCGUGUGCGGCAUCAAGGCAGAGCUGGCUCCUCCGAAACCAGUAGAGCCCGAAACCGGAUUCCUCAUACCGAACAUUGAGAUUUCACCCCUCUCAUCGCCUAAGUACCGUCCGGGACCACCAAGCGAGGAGGCACAGGUGUACAGCUGCUCCCUUGCUGAUGCGAUACUGAAUUCCGGAUGUGUGAACCUUAAAGAUCUUUGCAUCACCAAAGAAAAACUAGUCUGGGCAUUGUAUUGUGAUUUGAUUUGCUUGGAUCACGAUGGAUGUGUGUUCGAUGCUUCCGUGAUAGCGUUGGUAGCUGCCUUACACACACUGAAGCUACCGAAGAUCAAACACAAUCCGGAUACGGACGAACGGGAGGUUUUGGAAGAUGAGGAUAGAACGGUACUGGCUUUAAGUUCGAUUCCGGUGACGACAUCUUUCGCUGUAUUUUGCGGGACAAUCACUGCUGAUCCAACGGCAGAAGAGGAGGAUCUUGCCACCUCGACUAUUACGAUUACGAUUUGUGAUUCAACGUUGAGCUAUAUUAACAAGAGCGGCGGGGAUCCUCUCGAACAGGACCUGCUGGAUCAGUGUAUCGCAAAUGCCAUGAAGCGAGAGAAGUCCGUCCGGUCGCUGAUUCGGACUAUGAUGAAAAAUAAAACGUAGGUAUUCCUUGGGAUUCUCA